CACAGAUAGUUUUUAUUCCAGGUGGCUGUCUCUUUGUGAAGAAGUUGAGCGUGUGGACUGAAUGUAAACUGAGAACGAUGGGAGCGACGUGGAUCUCAUGGAGAACAACUACAACCGUGUUCAUCACUCUUCUACAAAUCAAAGCUCUGAUCAGUGUCCAGACUACAGUUACCGGUGUGGAAGGCCAGACGGUUGAAUUCAAAUGUGAAUAUGAAGAUGGCCAUAAGAGCAAAGUUAAAUACUUCCGCAAUGACAAAAAUAUGAUCCUGAUACAGACAGAAAAAGAUGUCCAGUCGGUGAUAAAUGGACGUUUUUCUCUUUUCGACAACACCACCGGAUCCUUCUUCAUCGUGAGGCUGGACAAACUCACCUCAAGGGACAGUGGGACGUACAGGUGUGGGGUGGACUCACAGCUGGUCAUAGAGCUGAAAGUUUCCCAAGCCAACUUUCUCACACAACACAAUAAACCUCAGUGGUUCUCUCCUGCAGAGUUCCACCUGCCGCUGUUUGUGACUGCAGCUAUGUGUAUGGCAGCGUUGCUGUUUGUAUGCCUGUUUACACUUUGUCUUCGCCUGGCUGUUAAACACCAAAGAUCCAGCCCACGCCAAAAGAGAGAGGAGUCAUCUGACUACGAGACAAUGACGCCUGGUGUAAGAACUGACUCGGAUGCCCGCUGCAGCUUUUCUACACCAGGCUUGGAUGAUCUUUCAGCUCUACCACCGCCAUCACCUGACCUCUGCUCCCAUUUCACAUCAAGGAAUCGCGAGUCCACUGUCACUCUCGGCCUCUGUGAUUAUGUGGAUGUUGAUGUACCAAAGCCCAUCUGCCAGUACCAAGAUCUGGAUCUCAGUCGGUUAGAGGAUCACGUCUAUCACAGCCUUCAUGGAAACAGCCAUCCUAAAGAUGGACCUGUGAUUAACUCUUGAUACUGUUGAAGGAUAAUUCAAGGUUAAUGAAAACAAACUGAAAGUUACUUUUUAUUAACUUUUGUGUUGUUGUUGUUGUUGUUGUUGUUGUUGUUGUUGUUGUUGCUGUCUUUCCUGAACUUGCAGAGAUAUGUGAUAUGAUUACUGAUAAGUAUGAUAGCCAAACGGCAACAGUAAGGCUGUUGUAAACCAAAAUGAUCAGCCAUUGUGUAUAGAUGAAAGAAAGAGUUGAAGUGACAAAAAUAAAAGAACGCAGGUCUCUAAACAGAAAAUGUGUUAGGUGGCAGCCAAAUAAGUUGUUGUCUUGUCACUGACAUGAGAAUAAUCAGGAGAACAG